AUGAGCUUGAUCCAACUCUAUAUUCCAACGGAAAUCAGCAAGGAAUCAGUCUACGCCCUCGGAACCUUAGGACUUAUCCAGUUUCGUGACUUGAACAAGAAGAUAAACGCUUUUCAAAGAACGUUUAUCUCGGAAAUUCGGAGACUGGAUAAUGUCGAAAGACAGUAUCGCUUCCUGAAAGGAGAAAUGGAUUCCAAGAACAUUGAGAUGGUGGAGCUGGCCUUCGGCCAAAGCAGCAACAACAAAUUCACCAGUAGAAACGAGAUUGAUGAGCUUGUGGAAGAUGCACAAAUACUAGAAGAUAGAAUCGCCCAGCUCAAAGAGUCGUCUGAGUCUCUUUUGAAAAAGCAGGUUGAUCUACUUCAACUCCAACAGGUUCUGAUUGCCAGUGAUGGUUUCUUCAGCCAGACCGAUAUUAACCCCGAUCUUAUAGACUUGGGCGAGGAUGCUGCUGCAAUUUUAGAAAAUGGAGGCUUCCGCGAUCAAAGUUUCACCACAGGUGUGAUCCCAACAGAGAAGGUGGAGACCCUGGAGAGGAUUUUGUGGAGGGUACUGAGGGGUAACUUGUACAUGACUUCCAAGCCAAUUGAGAAGCCAUUGUUUGACCCCAAGAGCAACAAGUUUGUUCAAAAAAGCACCUUCAUCAUUUUUGCACACGGUGAACUGAUUUUAUCGAGAGUGCGCAAAAUCUGUGAAUCUUUGGAUGCUGACCUCUACUUCGUUGAUUCUGAUGCUAAACAGAGAGUGAAGCAAUCCAAGGAACAAAAUGACAGACUUGCUGAUGUAACAGCUGUCUUGGACACCACACAGAUCACGCUUGAGACCGAGCUCAAAGCUAUAUCUGUUGAGCUUAGCCAAUGGUGGGAUCUCAUUAAGUUGGAAAAGUCUGUCUAUACUGUGAUGAAUCUGUGCCAUUACGAUUUGGUUCGUAAGUGUCUCAUCGCUGAAGGCUGGGUUCCAACGGAUGGCCUUCCCAAGGUAAAGCAGACUUUGGAGAAGAUUUCCAAAUCAAACUCGAACAAUGACAAUUCGUCUAUUCCAAUUGUGAUCAACACAAUCGAUACCUCAAGGACACCACCAACCUAUCACAAAACCAACAAGUUCACAGCUGCGUUCCAGGCCAUGGUGGAUGCCUACGGUGUGGCGACGUACCGUGAGGUAAACCCAGCCCUUCCAACCGCGGCAACUUUUCCAUUCAUGUUUGCUAUUAUGUUCGGUGAUUUGGGCCAUGGUUUCAUUAUGGCUCUGGUUGCAUUUGUCAUGGUCUUGUAUGAAAGGAAAAUCGGAUUAAUGAAGAGAGACGAGAUAUUUGACAUGGCUUACACAGGUCGUUACAUUCUCUUGCUCAUGGGUGUGUUCUCCAUGUACACCGGAUUCUUGUACAAUGAUCUCUUUUCCAUCUCAAUGACGUGGUUCAAGAGUGGCUGGAAGUGGCCCGACCACUGGGAAGAGGGCGAUUCGAUUGAAGGUACUCAAGUGGGUGUCUAUCCUAUUGGAUUAGAUCCUGCGUGGCACGGAACCGAGAAUGCUCUGCUGUUCUCCAACUCCUACAAGAUGAAACUUUCGAUUCUGAUGGGGUUUAUCCACAUGACAUACUCUUAUAUGUUCUCUUUGGUGAAUGCCGUUCACUUUAAAUCAACAAUUGAUAUAAUCGGAAACUUCAUUCCGGGGUUGCUUUUCAUGCAGGGCAUUUUCGGGUACCUCACCGUGUGUAUUGUCUACAAAUGGACCGUUGACUGGGUGGCCAUUGAGAAGCCCGCCCCAAGUUUGUUGAACAUGCUUAUCUCCAUGUUCCUUAGCCCUGGUACUGUUACCGAGCAGCUAUAUCCACACCAAGCAACUGUUCAAGUGAUUUUGCUUGUGGUAGCACUGAUCUGUGUCCCAUGUUUACUGCUUGUGAAACCACUUCACUUCAAGUUCACUCACAAUCAUGAGUACUCUGAGCUCUCUGCUCAUUCAAACGAUGAAGCCUCCGACGAGAACAAUUUGCUUACGGAUUUGAACAUAGAAGACGAUGAUGAGCAUGAGGAACACACUUUCGGAGACGUGAUGAUCCACCAGGUGAUUCACACUAUAGAGUUCUGCCUGAACUGUGUUUCCCAUACUGCCUCGUAUCUGCGUCUGUGGGCUCUGUCAUUGGCCCAUGCUCAGUUGUCUUCGGUCCUGUGGUCCAUGACAAUCGCUGGGUCCUUCGGUACUACUGGCCUGCUGGGUGUUAUCAUGACCUUCUUGAUGUUUGGCAUGUGGUUCGUGUUGACGGUCUGUAUUCUGGUUGUCAUGGAGGGAACAUCCGCCAUGUUGCACUCUCUUCGUUUGCACUGGGUGGAAAGUAUGUCCAAGUUCUUUGAAGGUGAAGGUUACCCAUACGAGCCAUACGCAUUCUCAAAGGUGCUUGCUGCCGCUGAGGAGUAA